GACUUUUUUUUUUUCUUUUGCAUCCGAACGAGAAACGGCAGCGGCAGACUUGAAGUCCCCGGUGCCGGUGCACGAUCGGUGGUCUGGAAAUCGAAGCAUCGUAGAAAGUUUGACUGGUUGCUGACGGAGCACUUGGGUUCAGGUGUGAGCUGAGCGUUUCUUGCUCUGCGUGAUUGCUGGAGGAGCCUGAUUCCCUUCCGAGUCGGGUGUCACGCGGUCCAAGCCGAUCUGUGCCUUGCUCGGCGUUGCUGGAGGGAGGUCCGGCACCAUGGCGUCGAAGGAUGGCCUGCUGAAGGUGGUCAUUCUUGGCGAUGGCGGUGUCGGCAAGUCCUCGCUCAUGGCCCGCUUCGUCAACAACACCUUUGAUGAACACAACUACCAUACCAUCGGCGUGGAGUUUUUGAACAAGGACAUCAUCGUCGAUAACAAGACUUGCCACUUGCAAAUUUGGGAUACGGCCGGCCAAGAACGCUACAAGGCCCUGCGGCGGCCUUUUUAUCGCGGAUCAGAUUGCUGCAUGUUUGUAUUUGAUCUCACGGACCGACACACUUUUGAUCACUUGGACGCCUGGAUCAGCGAGUUCAAGGAGUUUGCCGAGGUUGAAGACCCCGACAACUUUCCGUUUCUUUUGGUCGGCAACAAGGUGGACGUGGAAGGUCGUCAGGUGGCUCAUGCUCAAGCCCUGGACUUUUGCAAGGGUCAUCAUGACAUGCCUUACUAUGAGACGAGUGCAAAAACCGCCGAGAACGUCGAGGAAGCCUUUCUCACAGCCGUUCGCCUCCUCAUGGCCAAUCAAGUGAACGUCAAGGCAAAGUUCACCGAUACCGUCGAUCUCAAGGCCAAGGAGCGUGCUCAAGGGUGCUGCUGAUACAUUUCUGUUUUUUUUUUUUCUCCUUUGCAUUCCACGUCUCUUUCUCUUCUUUUUCUUAGGAUCGUUCACUAUCUCUCUCUUCUCCAUUCCUCAUUGAUUUCUUCUCAAAUUGUUGCUUCAACCCAUGUAUUAGUGUCGUGUUUCCCUUUCCGAAUGCCCUUCCUUGUAGGCUUUUGCUUGAUGUAACUGCGAAUGUUGACAUGCUUCAUCUCGAUUGACUUCUUGUGCAUUUAAACGGCAAUGACUGGCUUUGUGUUUGUCGCUUUGAGGGCGCUGGGCAGCCGCAGC